AGAUUCUCAUCAUUAUUUGCUAGAUUUUUAAAAACCCUACUUACAUAGUAAUAAUGCAGUCUAUAAAAUAAUUAGCCCAUAGGAUUAAAUACUUUUAAGUUUGGAUAUCCAUGCAGAAAAGGAAAAAAGUCGGGUGUGAUUUGUAACUGCACUCAUAAAUUUAUCAAGAUUUUCUGAUCAGAGAUUUUGGGGUUUUGCUUGCAUCAGCACUGUCUGUUUUAAUUUUUUUUUCCUUCGUCCCUUCUGCAUGUGUACAAAAGUACACUGCUAGCGCUGCUGCCACAGUGAAUUGGCUCUCUCUCUCUCCCCCUCUCAAUGUCAUCAGCAUUGUCACCUUAUUGCUUUUAAGCCAUUAGUGUUGGCUUCUGAGGAGAAAGUUUGAGAGCCUCUUUUGCCACAUUUACUCUUGUUCUCAAUCAAUCAGGGUUUUGGGUGUCAAAAAUAGAUAAAAAGCAAGGAGGUUUUUACUCUCUUUUUUUUUUCGACACGUCUCCUCUCUCUCUCAAGUUUCAUUUGUUGGUUUUAGUUCUCUUUGGCGUUUCCACUCUCUCCCUCUCCUUGGUUCUUUUAUUGGGUUUGUCUGAGAUGGGUGUCCUAUAUUUCAGACCCAUUUCUGUUUCUUCCUUUAAAUCUCGUGGCUUCAAGCUAGAGAGAGAUGAACUCUGUGAACUUUGAUGGGUCCUCCUGAUUGCUGAAAAUGUGUCAGUCUCUUGGGUUUUGGUUUUUAGCUUGCAAGUAAAAAAAAAAAUCCCCCACUUUUCUGUUCAUCCAAAACAAAAGACUUCAACUUUUUGUGUUGCUUUUAUAUUUCUUGUGAUUUGAGAAAGGUCGGAGGGAAGGAGUUAGCUUUUUCUUCUUGUUCCUUUUUGGUUAAGGGAACAAAGUUGCUCACCACUGCAUAUUCUCCCUUCCUUUUCUUCCUAUUUUUUUCAUUGUACUCCUUUUAGGCUUUUAAGGCCAAAGCAAAAGAAUCAUAUCUUUUGUGAGCUUUCUGGUUUUAUUAAUUAUUAUUGGUAGGAGAAGUAUACAUACAUUCUGUGUCAAUCAACAUUUCCAUCUUGCUUUUCAUUCGAAUUUUUGGGGGUCUGAUUUGGGAAAAAACCCAUGAAUCUGCUUGGAGAUUUUUCAUAAAUUUGUUUUGCUUCAGAGAAGGUUUGCUGGGGAAGAAUCUGCAUUCUCAGGUGGAAGAUAUUUAAAUUUUUCCAGGCUAAGAUUGAUUGAAAUUGAUCUGUUCAUGAUGGAAGAGAGUUGGCGGAUAGAAUAUUUAUUUCCCGAUCUUUCAAUUAUGCCAAAUGAAAUGUGAAAUUUGUUUCCCUUUGAUAUGAUGGAUAAUGAGAUGUAUAAUGUUCCGGCGGGCAGCCGAAAUUCUCUAGUCAUGGAUGGGGUUGUACCACACACCACAGUGAACUCUCUUGUACAGUCCUAUUCCUUUGAUCUCAAUCACCAAAACCGUAUGAUGGCUUUGCCUCCAGUGCUUUCAACCUUUCAUGGAGAACCUGUCGUGGAUUCUCAUUCUGAUCUUAACAACGCAAACUGCGUUAGUGUGGCUGAAUCGAGUCCAUUUCUUAUUUCUCAAAGAGGGAGCAAUGUGAGAGAAUCCUCAUUCGUCAGUUCAAGUUUCGCUGAUAAUACGGUGUUCCAAGCAACACCACAUUCUUCUGCCUCGCUUGCUGCCCUUUUUGCAGCGAGGGGUAGUACUAUUCUUCAAGAAAAUCUCAAUAAUUUAGCGAUUUCAGCAAUGCCGAUUAAUUCUUCAGACGCUUAUGUUUUGAAUGACUGCUCUAACAACUCCAAUUCUCCGCUCGCGGCCUCUGUGAAUUGUGGAUAUGAUGAAAUGCUUGGUAGCGUAAAUAGACAGUGGGAGAUCAACAAGUACGCAGCUCCUUUGGAACUUGGUGAUGGAUCUUCAGUAAGAAUAGGGCUUCAAACGUAUUCAUCUGUUGGAAAUGUGGAUCCAAAUGGAUGGUUAUCAUCAGAUGGUGCAAGUGUGAUGACAUAUAAUUCUUCCAAUUCCUCCAAAUUUAGCAACGAGCUUGCUCUAACUCUUGCCACGUCCAGGCCUUUGGAAAUCCGAAAUCAAUGUUCAGAUGUUGGUUCUUCAGGGAUUGCUCAACCUUGUCUGAAUCAAAUAAGGUUUGCCUCACCAGAGCAAUAUUCUAGCAACAGUGAGGAGUUUUCCCUAAAUUACGGUUCUUGCAAACCACCUCAGUUAUCCCAAGUAAUAUGUGGAUCAAAAUAUCUUCAUGUGGUUCAGGAAAUGCUUUCUGAUAUCGCAAACUAUUCUUUAGAAAAUCUAGACCAAUCGAGUUUUUCAUCUGCCAGGCUCGUGUCUGAGAGAGGGAUGUCGACCAUGGAUGAUGAUUUAGAUGGUAGAUUUGAGGUGCCAAAGGAGCCUGCAUUGCGAAAACAGGAAAUCAAAACAAAGAAAACCAAAUUGCUGGCCCUUUUACAGAUGCUUGAUGACUGCUACAACCAAUGUGUCGAUGAGAUUCAUACAGUUGUAUCAGCAUUUCAUGCUGCAACCGAGACAGAUCCUCAUAUACACGCUCGUUUUGUGCUUCAAACUAUUUCUGUGCUGUAUAAUAGUCUGAGGGAGCGGGUUAGCACGCAUUUCCUUCUGAUAAGUGAAAAUUCAAGCCCUGCAUCCCCCAAUGAGAGCGAAAGGUCUUUUGAAUUCCAUAAGCAGUUGGCUCUUCAGCAACUAAAGAAGAAAGAACAUCAAAUAUGGAGACCUCAGAGGGGUUUGCCUGAAAGAUCCGUCUCAGUGUUACGUGCAUGGAUGUUUCAGAACUUCCUUCAUCCGUACCCUAAAGAUUCGGAGAAGCAUGUUCUUGCAGUAAAAAGUGGAUUGACAAGAAACCAGGUAUCCAAUUGGUUUAUAAAUGCCCGUGUCCGGCUAUGGAAACCGAUGAUUGAGGAAAUGUACUCGGAGAUGAACCGAAGAAAGACCCGUCAAAACGAAAACCUCGAGAGAACCCACAGAAGCCACCACAUUAGGAUUAACAACCACAAGUUUGGUGUGAAUUGAAGGUUUUUAAAUGGUACAUAGCAAAUGGAAGGAAUGGGCACAUCUGGAUCAUGAUGUAGGGAAACAAUGCAAAUAUUCCACAGCAUUAUUACAAGUGUAUAUUCCUGUAUGCAAGUCAAAAGUUUUAAGGAGUAAAUUUCUUGUAAGCAAAAGCAGAAUUGAAGUCCUGAUCAAUGCCUACUCUUGGUUCUGAAUUAUAUAUUUCUGUUAACCAAAAGAACACUACUAAAAUAUUUAAUUUAAAACGAUUUUCCACGCU